AUGGAGCAUCGCUCAAGUGAGGCAAUUGCCCUUCGAUCCACACAGCGAGCGUCGCGUAGUUGCCUGUCAUGCGCAUCUCGCAAAGUCAAAUGCGAUAAAUCUGUCCCUUGUUCACGAUGCAUCAAGCGUGGCCAGGCUAAAUCAUGUGUCAGGGAAAUGGUCCUUAUUCGCGGCCAGGUGACCACAUGGCACGACGGCCCCGAAACUCCAUCAUACCAAGAGCUCAAGGAAGAGAAUGAACGUCUAAGGCGAGAGAUCACUACGCUAAAGGAACAGAAAGGGCGCCUCCAAAGCAAUACACUCCCGCAAGCGCAUAUACCCAGCAGAUCAAUUGACGAUAUAGAGUAUACUCCAGGCGAGCUUGCUGAUGGCUUGUGGGAAAGCCUGGCUUUGGAGUCUGAUACUAGCAAGCCCCGUGUAUCAGAUUGGGCGGAUAUCAUCCUGCCCAAUGGAGAGUGCAGUAGGAAGCUGAUCGAGUUCGAUAUGACUUGGGAUUCUUGGGUUCAUUAUGCUCUGGAAUAUCCUCAAUUCAGAGACGAAUGCGAUAGGUUCGCAGGAAGUUUAGAGGCAGGUCUUGCACUUGAUGAAGCCGACGUGUCAUGGCUCGCUGUCUAUUUUGGUGUUCUCAGUACAUCUCUUUUGAUGAUGGAAGAUGACGAAGCUCAGAGCCUGCCAAUUCCCCCAGGAGUUACCAUAGAGCAAGCGUCUCAGAAUUGGUACGAGGCAGCCCUUUUCUGCCUUCACAAGGCAGACUUCCUGCGAGUACCCAACGUGCACAGCGUGCAAGCAAUAGCUGUCCUAUGCAUGGCCUUCAAUAACCGUGGGGAUUCAGAGAUGGGUCAUCACUUGCGAGUGUCAGCGAUCCGAAUUGCACAAACUCUCCAAUUAGCUCAGGAUGAUGGCAAACGUGGGGAGAGACACCUGAGCCUUGAAGCAGAGCGCCGUUUGUGGUGGACACUGGUUAUCUGCGAAUGGUUGAACUUGACCCAUGAGUCACCAGUUAUAGACGAGUCUGACUUUAGCAUUCCCCUGCCUUCUGUCUCUCACCGUGAGGCACAGGAUACGCUCGUGGACCCCGUUCAUUAUCACAUCUUCAUGGCGCGAACAUCUCAAGUUAUAUACAGGUUUCGCAUAUCACUGAAAUAUGGUGUCAAGUCGUUGAAAAAUGCCAUCGACAUCGUCAAAUCUGCUGAUGAAGGGCUAGCGAGCAUCAUUGACUCUUUACCAAGCCACUUGCAGCCCGAGAGCGAUGCGGUCACAGACGCAGAGAUUCAAGCUCUUGAGAAUACCCAACCGUGGAUCAAGUGGCAGCGCUACGACUUGACUCUGGUCCUCCUCCAUCUGCGCAUGCAUAUCAACCGCGUUCUUCAAAAGCAGUGGCUAUCAUCCCCCGAAGAAUAUCACUGGGCACGAACAGUUAGCGUCACAUCUGCCAUGAGCCUUAUUUGGAUUAACCGAAGCUGGGACCAGCCGGCAUCAACUAGAAAGCAGUGGGCGCUGUCGUAUCAUAUUUACUCUUCCGCAAUGUUUCUGCUGCGGGAAUGCCAAAGCACCAGCUCCGAAGAUAAAGGGAAGUAUCUUGAUGCUAUUGAAGCUGGGCUUGUCUUGCUGGACGCUGUUGAGUCACAUAACCUACUAGCUCGGCAUGCUGCUCGAGUCUUGAGAAGAAGUAUGAACGAAGGCAGUACAUGA